CUUUCUUUACCUUGUUGUGCAGUAUAUGGUUUGUGAAGCACCGAACAAGUCAUCACAGCUUGUUGACUUCCUAUUGAAGAACACGUCUAUGAAGAUAAUAGUAUAUUUCAUGACAUGUGCUUGUGUUGACUACUGGGGGAUCAUCCUUCCCCAACUAAACAUGCUUAAGGGUUCUUCAAUAAUUUCUCUUCAUGGGAAGAUGAAGCAGAGUGCGAGGGAGAAAGCAUUGGCAUCUUUCACAGCUCUAUCAAGUGGUAUCUUACUUUGCACAGAUGUUGCAGCAAGGGGACUUGACAUUCCAGGUGUCGAUUGGAUUGUGCAGUAUGAUCCACCUCAAGAUCCAAAUGUCUUCAUACAUCGAGUAGGCCGAACUGCACGGAUUGGUCGACAAGGAAGUGCUAUUGUAUUUCUCUUGCCCAAGGAGGACGCUUAUGUCGAGUUCCUGAGGCUUAGGCGUGUGCCUCUCAAGGAGAGGCAAUGUUUAGAUAAUGCUGAAGAUAUUGUUCCCCAGGCAUGUAGCUGUCAUCUAAAGUCUGUUUAUAGCUACAGAUUUCCUAUCGAUGGCAAAUCUCCUCUGAUUAUUCUCCUAUUUACUAAAUCUAGAGAUAAAGCUCGAGAAAAGCAACGCCAGAAGACUUUGCAAAGAAAGGAACCUGAUGCUUUUCACGGACCAAAAACGGAAAGAAACAAGAAGCCAGAUCUAGAAAAAGCUGCAGCUAUCACAAGGAAGAAAACAGGCAGACAACGCCGUGCAACUCAGACGAAAGAGGACGACGAAGAAUUGGAGCAGGAAUAUCGCUUACUUAAAAAGCUGAAGCGAGGAGCGAUCGACGAAGAUGAAUAUGAGAAGCUUACAGGCUUCAGAAACUUUGACGAGGAAGAUCCAUCAGACGACAAUCUUGAUGAGCUUGGCAAGAAAACUUCCAAGGUAAAGAAAAUUAAAGGAGCAAAACACAAGCAAAGAGGAAAUGCAAAAGGGUCUGCUAGAAAUUCUAAAGGUAAUAAGAAUUCGAAGGGUAAAUUGAAAUCUAAAGUCAAUAAAAUAAGGAAAUAAUUAGGAUGUGAUCAUUUCAGCUGUUUUAUACACGUUUAUUCACAACUGCGUGGAACUUAGAAAAUUGCACAAAAGGCAACUUCUUGCAAGACCUGUUGUGGAAGAUAAGGGCUAAGUAGAAGAUUAAGAACCCCAACUUGACCAGGAUGGUCAGAGUAAUCAGCUCGCUUCCAUUUUGAGGGCAGUGUUGAUCUACAAAGCUUAGUUGAGAUUAACUGGAGUAAACAUGAAUAAUACAGCUAAAGGGUUUAGGCGGUGCAUCCUUCAACCUGUUUUGCUUUCUCGACAUGAUGAAUGCUCCAACCAGUGAAUCAACGGAAGGUAGAACCAAAGCAAUGUAAGUAUCACUUUGUUAUACCCCAGGAAUUUUGCGUGUAGUCCACAAUGCAUCUAUAUAUGCUUGUAAGUUUUGAACGCAUGCCUGUUCUAUAUUUAUUCCUUCUCAUUCCCAAUGUCUUUGGCUUGGAACUCUAAAA